AAUUCAUUAACAUGAACCCUUCUUCCUUGCAUUUUCAGGCAUGGACAGAAUCAGAAACGCGGCUGUUGCUGUGACCCUGGACCCCAACACUGCCCACCCGAUGCUCCAGGUAUCACCUGACCUGGUCACGGUGCGCUGUGUUAAGGGGCGGACGAUCACUUCUGGAGACAGAGGGGUUUCGGAGCCCGUCCUCUCAGUGAUGGGGAAGCCACCUCUCAGCGAUGAGGAAGGGAUCACCUCUGGCCGGUGCUACUGGGUGGUGGAGGUGGGCAGCAACUCUGAAUGGGACCUGGGAGUUGCCUCCAACGAUGCGGAGAAGAGCACCAGGAGCACGCUGAGACCCGAGGGAGGGGUCUGGUCCAUCGGGUGCCACCAGAAGGUGUUCAGGGUCAACGACGCCAAUUCCAAGCGGAUCUCCAUCCACCCAGCCACCCAGGAGAAGAUCCAGAUGAUCGGCGUAUAUGUUGACUACGGCGAGGGCAAGGUCCUGUUCUGUGAUGACAGCACUGGCUCUCACCUCCACUCCUUCAGCGAUUGGACGUUCAAGGGGGGGGGCUCCUCCCCUUCUUCAACGUAUCUGCUUCAGGGAACGCACUGA